AACAUUAUUCAGACAACUCCCUCAACGCGUCGCAACUCCCGAAGACAUGGAAUCGUUUGUUGAAGAUCUUAAGAAGGAACUCCGAUGUUCCCUGUGUGAUGAUACUUUCACUGAACCAAAGAUCUUGUCUUGUUUCCACACAUUUUGUAAGCCUUGCAUCAAACGACACGCCGAGCGAGUGAACCAAAUCAACAUCUUCAAGUGUCCUCGAUGCAAAUCACAAACUUCUCUACCAGAACUAAGCAGCGUCGAAGAUCUACAGCCAAGUCUAAUACAUUCCACAAUAUUGAAGGGUCUGGCGUUGGUAGAAGGAGAAAAGGUUUGUUCUGCUUCUGAGAGUCAUUCGUCAGCUUCUUGGUAUUGUUUUGAUUGUGAUCAUUCACUGUGUCAAGAAUGCGAGAAGAGCCAUUCGUUCUUCAUUAAAGAUCACAAAGUCGUUCGUUUGGCUGAUUUGAAGAAAGAAGAUAUUCAGUUCGUAAUAACAAGAGAAAAUCCUUGUUCAAGUCACCCUCAUCACAGGCUAGGGUUCUUCUGUGAAGAUUGUGAUGCAAUGAUUUGCAGGACAUGCUUGAUAGAUCAUAAGACGAUGUCAUUAGAUAAGUUUGCUCCUAUCAAGAAAGCUGUAUUGUCAAAGCAUCUGCAGGUACUAGAGCAGUUGAGAUUAGAUGACAAGGAAAAGCAACAACAAGAAAAGAUUGCUAACACAAUCAAACAACAAGGAGAAAAGGCAAAAGAAGAAGUCAAAGACAAAACCAAAAAGAUCAUCCAAAUAGUACAAGACAACGAACGAGAAUUGCUGCGACAAAUCGACGAGAAGUUGGAGACAGCCACAACAAACUUGAAUAUAAUUCAUCAUAUUCCAGCCGUCAAGGAAUACAUCAAGAAUGUGAUGGAAAGAGGACUGSCAAGUGAAAUGAUGAACAUUCAAGAGACACGAUGCUCUCAGAAGUAUAUCUUCAAUCAUAUUCCACCAUACUCUAGAAUUAAAUAUGUUGCUAAUGAAGAGCUGAUGCGACAGGUGAAUUCAGGGCUGGGAGAAAUACAAACUUGUUUGAAAACAGACCAUACUAAGAGCACUAUUCAGGUGAAAUCUGAGACAGAAGCUUUAACGAAAGAAAAGCUGAUAGUAACAAUUAAAAGCUCUACAGGAGAACUCAAUCAUGAUCCAAGGGAUGUUAUAGACGUUCAAAUCAAGCCUGAAGAAAAUGUGAAAAUAGAAAAGAAAUAUGUGAGAACUGAUGGUAAAGUAGAAGUUGAAUUCAUGGCUAAAGUAGCUGGCCAGUUGACAGCAGCGGUUCAAGUGAAUGGGAAUCAUGUAUCUAACAGUCCACUAGUGGUGAAUGUCAAGCCACAAGAGAUGAGAACAACAGGACAGUUUAACAUGGAAGGUGUAAAUAUAGGAACUAGUGAAAUAAGAGGUAUAGCAUUAAACAGAGACAAUAGCAGGAUCGCUGUUUCAAGUGAUUCUUCUGACUGUGUCCAUGUAUUCACCACAAAUGGAGAUCUCUUACUGACAUAUGGUAGUCGAGGUAGUGCACAGGGACUGUUGUAUGGUCCUGAAGGCUUAGCAUUUCUGAAUGAUACAGAUUUAGUCAUAGUAGAAUGCGGUAAUGAUAGAAUAUGUAUAGUGAACACUACAACAGGGACACUGGUAAAAACCUUUGGUAACCAAGGUAACGGGGAUGGAGAGUUUCAAUAUCCUUGCGGUGUACACGUCGAUGACGAUGGUAACAUCAUUGUGUGUGAUCAUUAUAAUCAUCGUGUUCAAGUCUUCACAAGAGACGGUGACUAUCAAUAUCAGUUUGGUUUGACAAUACAGGACAGGUUUACUCCUACUGAUGUGAUAACACAUGAUGGACUGUUUUACGUCAGUGAUUAUGAUAAUCACGUUAUUCAUGUAUUUGAGAAGAAAGGUAACGUACCGACUAGAAUAUCGACGAUUGGUGGUGAAGGCAGUGCUGAUGGUGAGCUAAAUGCACCUUGUGGCCUGGCUAUUGAUAAUGACCAUCAUCUACUGGUGUGUGAUUAUGGUAAUAACCGCGUACAAAAAUUUACAUUGGAUGGUCGUUUUGUAGGAAAGACCUCUGUUGUAAUCGAGGAUCCUAGAUAUAUAACUGUUUUAAAGGAUGGUCAAUUAUUAGUUAGUACGUAUGGUUCUGGUGUCUGGUGUGUAAAAUAGAAUUUGGCUAUUAUUUUACAAUAACAUAUUUUCAUCGGUAUGUCAUUUUGGUGAUAUCCCUGGGUUUGAAAUGUGCUCAAAUAUGACCAUUCGCAGUUUAUACUCUUGUUUUCGUUUGGUUUCCUUUGGUCUCAUUUCAAAGCUUCACUUUUUAUUCAAAUAUUCAUAUAUCGAGUACGAAACUAAACAAGAAAAGGAAGAAAUAAAUAAAUAACAAAAUAGUGAAGCAGUGAAAGGAGACAAAAGGUUAUAUAUACUCUUUUACUUUAUUAUCCAUUGUUAUUCGCUACAGAUGUUUUGAAAAGAUCAAAUAAGAAAUGAGAGCUUUUUCGUAGAGAAGAAUCGAGCUUUCUGCUAUUUUUAUUGAUAGGUGUACAGAUAGUCUUUUUACGAAUAGGUAUUGACGUUUGGUAAAGACUUUCAUAGUUCUAUGACAAUAUUUGAAAGAAAGUAAAAAAACUGAAUUUGGGUCUCUGAACAA